UUAAGUGAAUACGGGUUUAAUAAUUAUCGGACAUCUUGGGUAGUUCUCGCUAGUGUCCCAUACUUUUAAAUAGAUAGCUUGGGGUUUCUGGUACGUAAAAAUCAUAAAAAAAACAUGGACUGAUGGUAAGUUGUAAAAUCCGAAUCCGGAUCUAAUGUUAAAUACAGCGAUCGAAGCGGAGAACAAUGAAACGUUUUAUGACCUUUUUAUUCGCAGUAUUAACUACCACCUUGGAAAUACAACAUCAAACACGUGCCCCUCGGAGUAUGACGACCUGGAAAAAAUAGCGAUCUAUUCCACUCAAACAAAAAAGGACAAGAUAGAAAUAUCCGACAAAGGUAUGGGUCUAAACGUUUGUGAUGACUUUAAAUGUAGAUAUGUAGAGUUUACUCUACACGAUUCUGACGGGUCAGUUUUGAAAUCGUAUGGGACGACAAACCAAUGUAGAAACAAUGCAUUUUCAAUAUUGAUGAAAUCAAAUGCCACAAAAAGUCUUCCCGCAAAACCCGAGGACCAUAUCAAGGGUAAACUGACCGGACCACAAAGGUUGAAAGGUGAUGUUAUGGAUUGGACUUCAGGAUUCGACGACGGGUGGUAUCGGGACCAGCAGGGCACUGGAGAAACUGUGAUGGGAAAGCUUUCAAACGCCCUUUGGGCAAUUGACCAUUGUCAGGAGAAAUUAGAACAAAACGGAUGUGUGCUUCCAACUGUGUUUAAACAAUUCUCUGGUUAUAACCAGUUCACAAAACUUCGUCACAAGGCCCCGUUAUUAACACAAGAAAAACUUGAAGUCAUUUGCGCAGACCUUUCAAAAUGUUUAUCGUUUCCGUCUAUGUCUACACAAAGCCACAAAAAAUUGGCAACUCACAUUGAAGCUCUCCUGGCAUGUUUGACAAAGUACAAGAGUCGCUUGGCAGAUGACAACUUUAGACACAAAACUGUGUACCAGGUUAGACAAGAGCCAGCACGUACAGUGUCAGAGGACUCAACUUCCCAAUUUAUUGCCCCCAAACCUGCAGUUGAUGAACAAUUUUCAAAGCUUGAUGAUCAUGUUUGCAAAUUAAAGCAUUAUGAAGUGGUCGAUCUUGAAAAUUUCUCGCCAUGUGACAAAGAAAAGAGAAGGAAAUAUAUCAAAGACUUGAGGUUAUCUGUUCCAAUUAUGCUUUUCAGGAUGUCAUAUGGAGGGAGUAUUGGGACUUUGAAUUUUGUUUGGAGUGUUCCCAUUGAUGAUUCACCAGAGCGCUGUACCGGCAAUUCUAAUGCCAUUUCGAAAAUAACAGAACUGCUGCCAAAAUUUUCCACACGUUCAAUGAGACGUGAUUUCAUCAAUAAAUACAGCCAGUAUGUGAAAACUCCUAAGUCUAUUCUGCGCCACAUGUAUCAUGAACUGACACAAACAGAAACAGUAUCAGAAACUGACGCACAGCGACAAGUGGAUGAACGCAUUGCAGACAUCUUGCUAACAGGAGAUGAUCCAGAACUGCUCCUUGACUAUCGCGCAUUAAACGGAAAAGAUGUUGAUACUCAUUUUGGAGAGUUUUUUGCUGCAAUGGGAGAUUACUUUGAUAAACAGUUGCUCCAAGUGCAUGACAGACGUCAUGGAAAUGAACUGUAUUUGCCAUUGGCAAUUUCUGUUGAAGAUUUAAAAGAACAAGUGGUGAAAGAUCUUCCAGAUGGGGUUCCCAUUCCAAGUUCUGAAACGAUUAGGUUACAGUUUACUCCAGGAAAUCCUUUCCAAAGAACCGCAUUGAAGUACACAAGUAGAUUCAAUGUAAAAUUCCGAGUACAGACUAGGAUGGCACGUGUGCACCACAAAGAUGGCAGAUAUGUAGCAACACUUUUUAGGUAUCUGAAGGAGUUCUGUGUGAGAUAUCGGGGAUGUACUACAUUUAUUUGUCUUGAUGACAAAGCAGUUGUUCCAGUUGGCGAGCCUGGUGUCCCAAUUUCCACAGGAGUAAGAGGUCAUAACAAAGUUAUGGCACCUGCCACCGAUGUGUCGUUAGUGGCAGCAGACCACGACUUUCACAUAGCAGGAUUGGUUCCAUCUGUAACUCUUGUGACAGAUAUUCCCAAGAACCCAAAUGACAGCUUCUUCCAAGGGCAUGUAUAUGUCACCACGAAAGACAAAGUGUUUGAAGCAUCAUCUCCCUUUCGACAUGCAUCAGAGGUCACCAGGAUCUUGCGGGAUCACCAUUCUGAUGAUCAGAUUGAUUUAGCAACACCAAUUCUCUGUAUUAUGACAGAUGGAGGUCCAGAUCACAGAGUGACAUAUGAGACGGUGAAAACCUCUCUGUUGGAAAUGUUCAUGCAACUCGAUCUGGACAUGUUAGUUGCCAUUAGAACUGCUCCGAAUCAUAGCUGGACAAAUCCUGCUGAACGAUGUAUGUCUAUCCUGAAUUUGGCUUUGCAACAUACUGCAUUGGAGAGAAAGGAAAUGCCAAAGAAAUAUGAGGACUUGAUUAAGCACAAGUCAUCGCUUAACGCCAUCAGAAAUGUUGCUGUUAACAAAGCUGACCUCAAAACAGCAUUCACAGAGAGCAUGUCGCCUGUUAUCGAGAAGGUAAAUGACCGCUUCAGUCGAAUGAAGCUGAAAGGCUCUGCAUUCACAGUGUACAGAGGUUAUCCAAAGGAAGAUGUUGAGGACAGCCUUCGAAUCAUCAGAGAUUGUACCUUGGAAGAUUUCAGCAAGCUGAACACGUCAUCUACCAGCAAAGAUCUGCGGAACUGCAUAAAUUUGCAGGAGUUCAUCAAAACCCAUGGUGUCAGCACACAUUACAGCUUUCAACUUAUGAAGUGCCGUGAGGAGCCUUGUCGUUAUUGCAUGAUAAACCCAAUCCGAGUAGAUAGAGAUACACUGGGGGACCUGAGCUUUCUUCCUUGUCCCGUCCGUGAUGAGAGUGGUCAGCACUAUUUACCAUUUCAUGCCGUGUAUGGUAAAGAUGUGGAUGAGACGCAUAGACCUUCAGCACAGAACUCUACAGAUUUUGAUGACAGCUCUGUUGAAAUGGAUCGUCGAAACCGGGAGAUCCUAAAAGCUGGAAAAGCUAGAGACAUUAUUAUCUGUGGCGAGUGCAGCAAGCCAAGAGUGGUAUAUAGCGGGAACAAAAUGUCCAGAGAGCAGGAUGCACAUUUGCGUCGCAUCAAGGAGGCAGGAACCUUCACCUGUGGUGAAAACUUUCCCGAAGAAUUUGGAUUCAUUAUAAGAAAGUGCCUCCACUGUACUACAGAGGUCGAAGUGGCAUACUACAGCGCAUCCAUGAGAGCGUUCGUUCCAUCUUGUUGUUUAUAUUGCGGAACACAGGAUGAAAAUGAACUAUUAGGAGACUCUGAUCCUUACAUUGAAAACCUCAUGGAACAAUUUUCAAGUGUGCGGCCAAUAUGCAAAACUUGUAGGGAGAAAGGCCUUGAAGCCAAAACAUGGGGGAGACAAUUUGUCAAAAAGCGAAAGGUGUAAAUCAGAUAUUGAUCAUACAAUGCUUGACAAAUUCUGAUAGGACAUGCAGUUUGAUUACAUUAUUUGUGAUAAUAUUUUAAUGUAAAAUACAUUCUGUAUCAAUCUCAAGUAAAAGAAUAAUGCUGCGAUGUGUGAAUGGAUGUAAAAUCCAUAGUUUGCUCGGAAGAAGGUGAUUAUGAUCUGUAUUGUUUUCCGUCCAUUUACCAAACUGCAUUUUGUUAAAUAUGUUUUUAUGAAAAAAACAUGAAAAGUCUUUUUUAUGUAUCUAGUUUUACAUGUUUUGUUAGUUUUACAUUUUUUGUAAUGUGGUAAUAAUCGAAGUAUUUAUUUUAUUUUGAAGAAUGAUAUUUUUUGUUAAACCAGGUCAGUACCUAUGUGAUAUUUUUUUGUUUGUAUUCCAUAAUAAUUAUCAGAAAAUGUGGAAUUAUUUUAUUCCAAUUUCAUCAUUUCACAGAUUUAUAGUUGUCGUCUUAGUAUUAGGACUAUUCCAUUAAAAUAUCUAAAUGACCCCAGGAUUCCAAAACAAUUCACCUCUGUCCAUGGUUGGAUUUCGCUCCAAUUACUUCUGUGUAUUAAAAUUAAUUAAAUAAAUUCUUUGGGUGGUACCCCUAAAAAAAACUGGACUCCUGGGGUAGGGUAGAUGUUUUACUGGAAAAGCCCUUAGUUUUACUGUUAAAUACAAGUCAAUUAUAUUUGAUAGAUGCUGAAUUCCCAAAAACAUUAAAAGAUAGCUAACUUUGGGGUAGCCAUAUACAUUUUAAUGAUUAUGUUUCUAAUAUGCCAAUUUUCUGUUGUUUUAUAUGGUAUUAUUAUUUUUUUCCAGAUAAUUAUAUAUGAUAUAGUGAUUUUGUUUUUUCUGUGCCAAUUUUCUUUUGUUUUAUACAUUAUUUUCUAUUAUACCGGUAUUUGUUCCAUACAAAUGAGAGAACUGUGUUAAGUUUGAUUUGAUCAAGAAGAUCAGGUAUUAAAUUGUUGUUGGAUUUUA